AACAGAGGAAAGGCCGGGGAGCGGAGGACUAUGGCCGUAGCCGGUCGCGGCGGGCGCGGCACCGCGCUCCUCCUGCGGGCCCUCGCGGCGCCGAGGCCUUGGCAGCUCGCGGGGGCGGGCGCGCGGUGCAUCCACGAGGGGCCAGACACCAUCGAGGAGCUGCUGGACCGGCACCUCGUGAAGAAGCCCGCGGCGGUCCCGGACGAGGAGUCGGCGGAGGCGCGGCGGCGGCUGACGAGCUCCCGGCGGGAAGCGCUGGCGCUGUACCGGGACAUCCUCCGGGCGGCGCGGCUCUUCGCGUGGCCUGACGACCGCGGGGUGCCGUGGCGGGAGGUGCUGCGCGCCAACGCCAGGCGCGAGUUCGAGGAGGCCCGCGGGGAGCGGGACCCGGAGGUGGUGGCGCGCCUCCUCAUCGGUGGCCGCGACGCCGUGCAGCAGGCGCUCGACCGCCUCGCUGACGCCUCACGCCGCGCGAUCGAGGCCGAGGAGGCCAAGCGCCGAGGCGGGGCGUAGAUUUGGGGCUGGAUACUCCAAACUUACGCGUCCUGUGGUAGCAUUUGUCUAAUCUUGUUGUAAGCCACGAUCCCUGAUUCUCAAUGUUUGUUAUGAAAUAGUUCAGAGGAUCAGGCUAUCUCAAGCAAUACUACUAUGCAGCAUGUUUGAUUUUCACUUUACAAGAAUCUGAGAGAGGAACACUUCGAUUUCUAGCAUUUGAUCCGUGAAUGAUGUGUCGAGUGCCGUACAAUGAAUACAAUCAGCUCUGCAUUUUUACUUUGUA